CGUCCGAUUCGUGUCCUUACACGGAAUGGUUACGGUGACGGUCAAAAUAAUGUCUCUUUACCUUGUUAUCUUACUAGUUUUAGCCUAUGUGGCUUGGAUAAAAUGGAUUUAUUACCAACACCGUCGCAGUUCGGUGAACUUGCUAAAACAUGUGAUGAAUAUUUCAUCAGACGGAGAAACAGACGUCAGGGCUCUGGUUGUGACUGCGCACCCGGAUGAUGAAUGCAUGUUCUUCGCGCCAACCAUAAUACGRCUGGUUGAAAGCAACGCCACUGUUCAUUUGCUGUGCUUAUCGGAAGGAAACUACUACAACCAAGGAGCUCAGAGAAGACGAGAACUUCUGAGCAGCUGUGCCGUGUUGGGAAUCCCAGCCUCCAGAGUCACCAUAAUCAACCACAGAAACCUUCCAGAUGAUCCCUCAGCAGAGUGGAGCGUCUCAUUAACCUCCUCUGCAGUAGUGAAGUACGUGUCAUCUCACUCCAUCAACAUGGUGCUGACGUUCGAUGGAAGAGGAGUGAGCGGCCAUGCCAAUCACGUAGCCAUUCAUAAAGCUGUCAGACAUCUGGCCUCCACAGGAGAAGUGCCCAAAGAUUGCGUGCUGCUGUCUCUGGUGACUGUCGGCCUUUUCAGGAAAUACAUCUCUUUCCUGGAGCUUCCUCUCAGCUGGCUCCUGCCCUCACAUCUCUGCUGUGUUAUUGGCACACAGGGCUACAAACGAGCCAAAGACGCCAUGAUGUGUCAUCGCUCCCAGCUGUUGUGGUUUCGGUACCUCUACAUCGCCUUCUCCCGGUACAUGUUCAUAAACACRUUCCAACUGAUUCCACAAGAACUGAAGAGCCUCAAGUUUUAUUAAAACUUUGCAGUUUGACAAAAUUUUAGCGUGCUUUAUAAAACUCUAAAUAUUUUUAAGCACACUUUCUUUUAAAGUGCCUGUGGCAUCACAUUAUUGUAAUAAAUAUGA